AUGGCGACCUCUCUCGCGACAAAGCGUCCGUUCCUGACGCUGCCAUUCCUUCUACCUUCAUUGUCCGAUUCACUGGCACUCGGAUUCCGUCGAAACCAAUCCUCAUACCGCCGAACCAAGCAGCGACUACGUGUCAAGCCUGACACCUCUUUUGGCACCUCGCACCAGGGCCACGAUCACAUUAUCCACAACCCGCCCUCCAGUGCACCCAAUGUUUACCACACACCAUCUAAAUUCCUACCUGCCGAUGAUGUCCGCCGAUCCUCUAGCCUCUCAUCCACUGUCACUACCAAUGCCGAUGACCUCCCUGGGGUGUACAAGUCCAUGCCCGAACGCAAAUAUCAUCUCACCCCCUCAGACAUUGAAGAGAUCCGGAACCUGCGCAUGACAGACCCGAUGACCUGGAGCCGCAACAAGCUUGCCAAGCGCUUUGAAUGCUCCCCCGUCUUCAUUGCCAUGGUCUGCCAGGCUAGCAAGGAGAAGAGAGAGAUCCAGGCCCGCAUUCUGGAAGCGGUGCAAUCACGAUGGGGGCCCAAGCGACGCAUGGCCAGAGAAGACCGCCAAUUGCGCAAGGAAGCCUGGGGACAGGACGCAUAG